AUGCCAGUUGCAGCCAACGGGGCGCCUGUGGCGUCAACUCUGUCUACUAGUAUUCUUCUUUUCUUCUCCUCUCUCUUGGUUGCAGCAGCAGCAUCAGCAGGGGCAUCAGUAGUAGAUUCAUCAACAACAGCAGCAACAGCAGCAGCACCACCACUUGUUACUGCUGACCAGCUGCAGCAAGAUGCAGGGGAGGAUGCCGAGGAACCUGCCUGUACCACCGGCUUGCGGGACGCCAUAAAUGCGGCAAUCACCCAUAUUCAAGCGGAGCACUAUAUCCCUAGUGAAUUAAUGCAACGUUAUAGGAAAGUCCCUUAUGUUCCUUUAUUAUUAUGUCCUUUAUUGCCUGCUUCCUCUGAGGCAACUUAUUGGCCAUCAUUAUCUUCUUUGCAUCCAUCAGAUCUUCUUCUUAAGGUAUUAGAUAGAAAUACACUUCGUGUUGCUUCUUAUGGUGUACCUCCGCAGCAGCAGCACCCUGAGGGGCCCCUUAGGGCAUUUAGGGGUUAUGAUUGGGGAGAAGAAGCAGAUUAUUCAAAGGAUCCACCACGUGGUUAUUUUCCGGAUUAUUUACGUCAUUUAGCAGCAAUAAUAUCAUUACAUUAUGGACGUCCAGUUUCUGUUCAAUGGAUAUUUUAUGUAAAUGGGGCUGCAUGCUUGCAUGCAGUAUUAAAAGGAGAGGCAGAUAUGACGGAUAUAUAUUUCUUGCAAUCUGUACCUGAUGAUGAUUCAUUAAAAGCAGUAAAUAGUACUCUUUCUUCUCCUCCUCUCCCUUCUCCUCCUCCUUCUUCUUCUUCUUCUCCUGUUGCUGAUUCUCCUGCUGCUCCUGCUGGUGCUCCUGCUCCUGCUGGUGAAGGAGAUUCAUCAUCAUCAUCAGCAGCAGGAGCAGGAGCAGGAGCAGGAACAGGAACAGGAACAAGAAAUAAAUAUAAUAAAAUUAUACAUUCACGUAUAGAGGCAGCAAAUAAUGGAUUAUUAGGGUUUGUUGGGGUUUACUGUAUUGUUCCUGUUAUAUAG